AUGGGGAAGAAAAGAGACGAGGAUGGAGAGACCAAAGACAAAAAAAACAGAGCAUCAUGGACCACUGCUCAACUUGACCUGCUCGUUUCUGUGAUGAAAGAGUAUGUAGCUGCUGCUGAAUUUUGUGGUCAGAAUGGAUGGACAAAAGAAGGAUGGAAUUCCAUGGUUAUACGCUUGAAUAAUCAGUUUCAGAGAGCUAACUUUAUUGUUUCUCAACUAAAAUUUAGAGAGCAACGGUUGAAGAAAUAUUAUUUUAUUGUCAAAUCUAUUGUAGAGAAGAGUGGCUUCGGUUUUCAUCCUGUUACAAAAAUGCCAACAACCAUUGAUGAAAAAUGGGAUGAAUUGAGCAAAGAACAACAGAAGUGGAGAUACAAAGCUUUCCCUUACUACGACGAUUUGCAUGCAAUUUAUGAUGGUAAAACAGCAGAGGGGAAGGGUUGUAAGAGGACAACUGACAUGGACGAAUUGAUUAUUAAAAUUACAUGCCACCAUGACAUUUUGCAAUAA